CAUCGGAGGAAAAUGGACGUUACUUAUGCAGGUGCCAAGAGAAGUUAACAUUAUAAUUUAGGAACAGUCGAAGAAAUUUCAUCUGCAUGCAGGAAACCGUACAUUAAAUUUUUCUCCACAUAGUUCUCCAUUUAGCAACCAUUCAGUUACAACGCAAGUUAAUCGUAAAUUUAAUAGACCAUGAAGUUACGGCGAGGAAAAGACGAGUACUGAGGAGGCGUACUCCAUUAUAGUCUAAUAACGUUGUAAAAGUUACUAUCUUGCAACCGCGGAUCUCUCAAUUGAGCAAGUAUAAUAUUACCGUGGCGAUCUCGAAUGUACAAAAUAUAUUACACUUAAUCGUUCCGCUCGUCGAACUCUUCCGCGGGAUCCGCAACUUUGUUGCUUCUUAGCUUAAUUUUUCCGCAAGAUAGUUUCUCACAUCUAUGCCGUGAGUUGUACAAAGGAAUAACAGGCACUCUUAUUUCGAGUCGAAAUUUGCACGCCCGACAGAUGAAAUUUCCUCCUUUUGCAUGGCAAUUUCACAUAAUUAGUCGUUGCAGUUCGGGACCGCGCGCGGGGCUGAAUUCGACCAUUUCCUAUAUAAGAGGGAGGAUUGGUCUCUCCGAGAUUAAAUGUAAUUGUAUUAUAAAUAUUUUUACACAUAGUUGCUUUUAAUUAGUUAUUUGUUAAUGUUUAUAUAUAUAUAUAUACACAUACACACUUAGUAAUAAUUAAUGUUUACUAAAUUUAUUUAUUAUGAGUAUUCAAUAUGUCUAAUUUUAUCGCUCUAUAAUACUCUAAUCAUCCGUUAGAGGUUGGUUGCGAACAUUUCAAAUAUUUCUUCAAAUCUGUUUACAUUUUUCACACGUCAGCGGCUAAUAGAGCUAUUAUAUGUGUGACCUUAAACAUGUUACGUACUAUUUCUGUUUCAAUAUCAUUUCAGAUAUUCGUAUUCCUUGGUCGUGGUAAGAUAGUGUAGUGAUAUCCUUCUUGAGUAAAGAGCUGUUUGCAGUAAUAACUAAUUGUACGGAUUUCUACUUACAUCGUUACACUUUAAAAUGCAGAUAUUUGAAAUAAAACUGUUCAUCCUUCAACACUUUCUAUGUGGUAUAAUGUUUACUACUAUGAUAACAUGUAUACAAGGGGAACAUCGGUCUACUGAAAAUAAAUCAUAUCAGGAACUUGGUUAUCGUUUAUCAAAAGAUGUAGUGCCACUACAUUAUGAUAUCAGCCUGGAUUUCUUUUCUGAAAGGCUGGAUGUUGUAAGUGGCAAAUGCAAAAUUGAUGUUGACAUUUUUAAAUCAACGUCAAAUAUAAGGUUACACAGUCCCGAUAAGAUUGAAGAAAGCUCAAUAAAGUUGGCUAUGAAUGGUACGACAUAUAAACCCAUAAACAAAACACACUCCGAGGAAGAGAACGUCCUUGAUCUUUAUUUCGAGGACCAGCUAUCUCCUGGACGUUAUUCCCUAACGAUACAUUACAGUAAAGAUGUCGGUGAUGAUAAAAAGGAAGGAGAUUUUUUCAAAAUUAUAUUCAAGCCUGCAACAAGGAAUAGAUGGUUGGCAACAAAUAUUAACUCUGUUGAAGCUCGAAAAUGGUUUCCAUGUUGGGACGAGCCGGAGUUUAAAACAACAUUUAACUUUACAUUCUAUCAUCACAGGAGAUUUAAGAUAUGGCCAGCCUUACCAAAUGCAACAUCUAUAGGACAUGUGCACAAAAAGGAAUGGUGCUUGACAAAGUUUUUCAUUGCAGUUACUAUAUCUACCUACCAAUUGAUGUUUGUAGUAACUGAGAUACCUCUUUUUUCUCACACUGAAUAUACGUCAUAUUCUGCAUCAUGCGAACUUCAUAAAGUAAAUGAGGACAAUACGAUAUUAAGUAGAGCUCCCGUGGAAAAUUCGAUAAAAUUUUCAGAUGUUGUGAUUGAGAAGAUCCUAGAUUCUGAGUGGUACUGCAAAAUUCUUCUAACUGAUUUCAAUAUAAAUCAACUUGCACUUCCGGCUGUGCCAGAGGAUGUUAUUGCAAAAUGGAGGCUCAUUCUUUGUAAGUAUAUCGAUAACAAAAUUAUUAUUAGGUUUUGCUAAUAAUUAACAUAAAAUUUAAUCACAUUUUUAUUGAAUGAAAAAUAAAUGGAUAAAUUACAGUUGGAUGAUAUUAGUAUCAUUACGAAUUUAUAUAUACCAUUAUAUUAAACUUUUUAUA